GGGUCCUUGACGUGGCAUCAAUAACAAAGAUGGCGGAAACGUUUAAAGCUUCUUAAGUUUGUCUGUAUAUUUCGAAGUUUAGAAUGAUUAUAAUUAGUCUCUAAGCAGACUAUUUCAUAUAUGCGUUAUUCUGGUUGCGUUGUUUGGAGUAUUUUAUGUGUGAAGCUGAACAAUGAGCGGUUGGGCCGGUUUUUCUGAGGAGGAGUUACGGAAGAUGCAGCAGAAAGACUCCGCAGCGGCAGCCCGCGGACGGAAGCCGCUUCCAGCCAACCGGAGUCGGCAGCAGAUCCAACGGGAGAAGGCUCUUCAGUUAGCCGCUCAGAAGAGCGCUGGAGCCGCAUCUCUCUGCCUCCCGCCGGAGCAGCAACUCACCAAACCGCCACCGGAGCAACAACUCCCCAAACCGCCACCGGAGCAACAACUCCCCAAACCGCCACCGCCGGAGGAGGAGCAGAAGCCCUCGGCUCCUGCGGUCAAACAGGAGGUGCAGCAGAACGCUGUCGAGAUGAAGCCGGCUCCAGAGAAGGAAACCCCGGCGGUCAAAGAGCUGGAGAUACAAGAGGUGGCACUACGGGAACAGACGCGUCUGGAGCAGCUGCAGCAAGAGCAGAAGACAAUGGAAGAGAAGAAUAAACGCAAUAAAGCUCUGCUGACAAAAACCAUCGCCGAGAAGUCCAAACAGACUCAGGCGGAGGCUGUGAAGCUGAAGAGGAUCCAGAAGGAGCUCCAGGCCCUCGAUGACAUGGUGUCCAAUGAUAUCGGCAUCCUGAGAGGCAAGAUAGAACAAGCCAGCUGGGAAUACUCCGCUGCCAGAAAGCGCUACGAGAAGGCGGAGGCAGAGUACGUGACGUCCAAGCUGGACCUGCACAAGAAGACGGAGGUGAAGGAGCAGCUGACGGAGCACCUCUGCGCCAUCAUCCAGCAGAACGAGCUGCGCAAAGCCCACAAGCUGGAGGAGCUGAUGCAGCAGCUGCAGCUCCACGGCAACGACGCAGAGAGGGCCGGCUGCACCGAGACGCAGAGAAACGGUCCGGCAGAGAGCAAGGAGGGAACGGAGAGAUCAACCAAAGACUGUGGAGCCACAGAGGAGGAGACUGCGAAGGACGAGAAGGGCCGGGGGGGCGUCCUGCAAGAGCCCCACCCAGUGACCGAACCACCCAAGACCGAACAGAACUGUAAAACUCUAGAAAACUGUGUUCAGAGUGAAAUCGCGGCCUCCUGAUGCUCAGAAAACCAUAUUUAAAUGUCUGGACAUUCUCGUGAUCACACACGUUGUACCGUAGGGAUCCAUAUGGGACACUAACGCUAAUGUUUUCCACUAAUGCUGUCGGCUAAGCGAUGCUCGAUGCUGUAGCGUCCAGGGCUGGGUAUCCAAUAGGGAUGCACCAAAUCCAGAUUUUUGGGGCUCGGCUGAAUACCGAAACCAAUGGUGAAGAUUCUG